UGCUGCCAGUCCGCCAUUCGUCUCCGAUACAUCCGGUAGGCAGGCAUUCUUAAAAUGCUUUGCCCGCCCAUCGUGGCGCAACCUAUAGCUCUUUGUACUGCCGCCUCGCUGCUUCUUGAACCUCUGACCCGGCUCCUAUCGUCUGUCCGCGACAUCUGGCUAGCUCCGAAUCUUGAGUAACGCAUCGCAUCUUCAGCAGACACUACAUACGUCUGGGCUGUCACUAUUUCUUUCCCAGGGCAUCGUUCAAGUCCGCAUAACCCCGAUCCUACAUGACGAGAGCGCAAGUUCUCACUUUAGCAACCGCGGCGCUCCUACUAGAGACCCUUCCUCUGGUAGCUGCUCACGGCGACGAGCACAAUGGCGGCUCUGUAGACAUGGACAUGCACGAUGCUGCGCCACCGCCAGCGGUAGACAACGGAGCUCCCCAGAGCUACUGGAGCUUGUCCGAGCACGUCUCAUUGAUGUACUGGCACAUCGCACUUGAGAUCCUGGCGUGGGUGGUUGUUCUGCCAGUCGGUGUGAUGCUCAGUAUUGCCCGCUCGCGCCUAGCAAUCUCGGCCCAAUUUAUCUUCCUCGUCACCAACGCCUUCGCGCUACUUCUUGGCCUUGUUUACAACCACAGGACACCUGAGUUGUACGAAAACAAUGCGCAUAGCAAGAUUGGAUGGAUCAUAACGUGGAUCGCCUCGGCAUGGGUCUUCAUGGCCUUGGUCCAGGUGUACACGGCGCGCGCUAAGCCAUACUCUCUUGAAGACCAUUCCGGUGAGCCUUUGAACGCCGCAAACAUGGCUCGCUAUCAUCGCGUACACGACGACGUGCAAGACGUAUCCCCUGGAAGAUGGUCAAACGAUUCUGGCCAGGGGACCGAACGCAAUUCCGCCUCUUUGUACGGUAACUCCAACUCCACCUCUCCAAGCGUUGAAUCCGAGGAGCGACAAUUCAACAUGCCGCCACGCAGGGCUACCCACGAUGAAUUGGAUGAUAUCGAUAUAGAUGCCGAGAAGCGUGGUUUUCUCAAGAACAAUGCGGUCGAUAAAUUUUUCUCGCGCAACGUUGCACGCUUUGCAGUUGGCAAGCCACUAAAGGUCCUCCGAGUUCUGUACGUCGUAGUUGAUCGUACCAUUCUCAUCCAAGGCUUUGUCGCAAUCAUGUCCGGCACUGUGGUGUAUGGAGGUAUUGGACACGGCGGCGCCGUCUUCAACGUCCUCGCGCACUACGUCAAGGGCGGCAUCUUCUUCGGGUACGGUCUGCUCACCUUGGGCCGCUGGAUGGGAGCGUUCGCCGACUUUGGAUGGGCAUGGAACGUGAAGCCACCGAAGGAGGUUGUGGGCCGUCGGCGUGCGGCUAUACCUUCCGCCGAGUUCACAGAAUCGUUCGUCAUUUGGCUGUACGGCUGUACCAAUGUCUUUCUGGAACACUUAGCCGCCUGGGGAGAUGCCUGGACUGCGCAGGAUCUGGAGCAUGUCUCGAUAUCCGUGAUGUUCUUUGGCGGUGGUUUGUUGGGCAUGAUUGUCGAAUCGUCGAGGGUGCGAGAGCUUCUGAACAGUACCGUUCUCUCGGUCCAGCCGCCAUCACAGUUCCAUGAUGAGGCGUGGCAGCAGCCGCGCCAGUACCGCUUCUCGAUGAACCCCAUACCUGGCCUCAUCAUUCUCUUGCUAGGCAAAAUGAUGAGCUCGCACCACCAAGCUUCGAUGCUGUCCACCAUGAUCCAUUCGCAAUGGGGGACCAUGUUCAUGGGCUUUGCGCUAUGCCGCGCGCUCACCUACAUCACCCUCUACAUCAGGCCGCCGAUGUCGUACCUGCCCUCGCGCCCACCCACCGAGGUUAUCACUGCUUUCUGCCUCAUCGCAGGAGGCAUCACGUUCAUGGUCAGCAACAAAGAUACCGUCGCCGCGCUCGAAUCGUACAACCUCGAUGCCAUGUUCACUUUCACUGUCACGAUGGGCCUUGUGGCGCUCCUGAUGGCCUGGACCGUCGUCGUGGUCGCCAUAAAGGGCUGGGCAACUCGCCACGAGAGCGCAAGCCGCUUUGCCAAAGAAAGCGCCGGCGUACUCGCCUGAACGAUCCUAUCGAGGUGGUCUCAUCCUUUGCACCUUCUCCUGCUUGCAUAGCGCCGGAGUCGAUACCCCUUCUAUCUCCUUCUACCUCUGCUCUAACUUGUUCGAUUCGUCGCCUCUCUCUUUUUUUGUGUACAGAUCCACGGCUUUACGACUUUCCUGUGAUACCCCCCUCCUUUUUGGAGGCGAUCGGCCUGGAAUGCUGCUGCAGCAGUUGUAUUUUGGGAGUGGAUGGUAAUGUUAAUGAGGUAUGCGG